UACAUAGAAAGCUUAACCCGUUUUAUAGGUUUCUUCCCGUAACGUAAACUUGCGAAUAAUCUUCCUAGGAAGUAAAUAAUAGUAUCACGCACCUCAACAUUUUCUGUUAUUUCUCUUCAACAGCGCAUACACUAGAAUGGACCCCUCCACUUCAUUAUUCAGUCCUUGUAGGAUUUGUUACGGGUCCUUUCGUGUGCUUGGCAUUUCAGGGGCUACUUAAUGCUUGACCAAUUCGGGCCCAUCACAACCCUCAUCUCUUCAGAUGAGCCACUCCUAAAUAAAUGAAUAAUACAGUUGCCUAACCUAGAUGCCUAGACCCCAUCUCGCCCUGUUGGUCAUCGGGUCAUGGCGGAUCUUUGUCUUUCGGCUUGCUGCACCGUGCCAUCCAACUGGUACUUCUAGGCCUGGUCACUCUAAUUUGCAUAUAUUACCCGCUUGGCGCCAUCCGACUCUCAUAAAAAGUAAAAUAAAAAUAAAAUAAGCAUCGUCUCUCGCAGUCUCUCGCAGUCUCCGCCGUAUCUCCCUUGGCAAUGCCAUUGUCGCAUACUUCCCGCCCUCAGUAGGGCUUUUGAUAUAUCAUCUAUGAGAGGAUCACCGGUUGCAAGGCCGUUAACGCGUCCCGAUUCGGCAUGGGACGAAGGACGUAUGGAUUUCCGUCGCGCUCGAUCUAAGCUCGCCGCGAUGAUGGUGGUGGACCGCGACUGGCUGUUGCACUACCUACACCAUCGCCUAGUAAGGCGAUUAAUCGUUAUAGGCAUAAUUGUUAUCGGGCUCUUCAUGGUCAUCUUCGAGGUGACCCAUCACGAAUUAUAUCGAUCAGCACCCUUUCAACGUAUAGGCGGCCUUCUAGCGUCUGACAAGCCCGACGACCUGGCAGGAAAAUGUACCACUUGGCCUGUGGAUGCGAAGGGUCGAUACACGCCCAUUCCGCAAAAUAGCACAGCAGGACUGAAGAGUCAUGCCCCCAAAGAUGGGUGGAAGAAGCCUGAGGGUAUCAAAAUCGUCGCGCUGGUCUUCUACGGCCGCAAGAGAACCGUCGACUUCUUAGACUGUUACCUACAGCAAAACCUCGCCGCGAAUGGAGGAUACCUUGACGAAAUCCGGUUCAUGGUACAUACGAACAACGAAGACGAUCUUAAAUACUUAAACGGCCUUGUUUCUCAAAGGAAGGAGCACUAUCACAUCGUAGAAGCCGGUACUUGCGAAGGAUCAAGUUAUGGAUGUAUAUGGGACUCGGUUGUGGAGGACGAUACUAUUUACGUGAAGAUCGACGAUGAUAUUAUUUUCAUCCACCCGGAUGCUAUUCCCCAGUUGGUUCAUACCCGGAUCGCAAUCCCUCACCCCUUUGCCAUUUCUGCGAAUUUGGUCAACAGCCCUCUUACGGGCUAUGAGCACUUCCAUGUUGGUGCUAUCCACGCCUUCCGGCCUGACCCGAGUGAGAAGCCGUCAUAUGCUGCCGCCGAGUCGUGGCGACCGUCCGAAAAGAGCCGUUUUCCAGCUUCAAGCCUGCCAGAGCUAAAGAUCAGCAAGCCCAAGAGCAUAGCGAUGGAUGACGAGAUCUACCCCAAGCCCCCGUAUAACGGUCACUCGUUCCUUUUAUUACCGGACGCCCCCUUUGAUCUAAUGAAGACUCCGAUGGGGCUCAAUUAUCUACGUGGAGGCGAUAAGGGCGUCGAGACCAUGUACGAGGCGGCGUGGAAGUCCUGGGCUAUUGCGAGCCAGCAGCAAUACUCGUUAUUGAAGAACUUGGAAGAUAAUGCCAUCUCACGUUACUUCUUCGGGUCGCCAAUGGAGUUCCCUAACAUUACGAACUCAUCCGCACCGGUACUAAAGUACCAGGCACAAAACAAGGGAGGCCCUGGAGCAGAACAGCUAUACAAUACCCAGUACAAGCGUUACAACCUCAACUUCGUCGCCUUAUGGGGCCACGACAUCAAGAAGUCGCUUCCGAUCGCCGGGGACGACGAGCAAGACAUCACGGUCACGAUCCCGAAGCGAACGCGCCGGCCAUUUAUCAUCGAUACGCGCGCCGUAGUCGGGCACCUGAGUUUUUACCCGCAGCACAACGGAGUAAAAACUACCGAUCUGCUGGAUCGAUGGCGAAGUUUUGCCAACGAGAUGAUAUGCACACCACAUAAUCAAAAGAAACCGUUCGAUAUUCGGUGCCCGGGGUUUUGAGGACCAUAAAUAGAUGAUGUAUAAUAGGAAACGUACAAUGAUGAAACCUUUCUAAUUCAUGGCGUAUGAUUUGUUUAUCACCGAGGAGUUCCCAUUUUGUUUUGUGCGACUUGGUGAGCUAUGCUUUUUUUUUUUUUUUUUCUAUUCUGCCCCCCUAUGCGGGAUAUGUGUUUAUUGAGAUAUUGCUUUUAAUAUCCAAGCAAUGGCACUAAUGGCUCGAGGGUUUACGAACGAGUUUUAGGUGUAGGAUUAGAUAUCGUGCAAAGGGCUCGAGGUUAACGAAUGCGCACGAUUGUAAUAUCAUACUUGUAUCAUACUUGGAAGCAAAUAGUCAGCAGUCACUAUUUCAUCAUUGCGUAUUCCGUAUAGGUAGGUAGCUACCCCUAUUCGGUCCGAGGCCCGAACUAAACCGAGGCCGUA